AUGUCCACCUACGAUGGCUCGCGCUCGGCGCGCCAGUCGAAGCGGUACUCCAUGUCCGCGCUGUACAUGUCCAUGACCGCGAAUGAAGGAGAGAUGCAAAUUGAGGACGAUCUCGCUAAAGCCCAGAAAGCCCUACGGGAUCUCAAAUCCAAAAUAUCCUCCCAAUCGAAGAAGAAUUUCGUCCUCGAAAAGGACGUCCGCUACCUUGAUUCGAGAAUUGCGCUGCUUAUCCAAAACCGCAUGGCGCUGGAAGAACAAAACGAAGUAGCCAGCCAUCUUGAAGAAGGCGAAAUGGAAGAAGGUGUCUUCCCUAAUGACGACAAGACUCAGAAAUACGGCAACCUCUUGUUUCUCUUGCAAUCCGAGCCCAGGCACAUUGCUCAUCUUUGUCGACUCGUCUCAAUGUCGGAAAUCGACUCGCUUCUGCAGACGGUCAUGUUCACCAUUUACGGAAAUCAGUAUGAAAGUCGAGAAGAGCAUCUGCUGCUUACCAUGUUUCAGUCUGUCCUCACCUACCAAUUCGAUAAUACUCCUGACUAUUCCUCGCUACUUCGAGCCAACACACCCGUCUCACGCAUGAUGACGACCUACACACGAAGAGGCCCGGGUCAGAGCUUUCUAAAGAUUGCGCUGGCUGAUAGGAUCAACAGCUUAAUCGAGUUGCGAGACCUGGAUUUGGAAAUUAACCCCCUCAAAGUGUACGAGCGCAUGGUCGAACAGAUUGAAGAAGAUACUGGCACACUGCCUCCCAAUCUUCCCAAGGGCGUCACUGCCGAACAGGCCGCAGAGAAUCCUCAGGUUCAGGCCAUUAUCGAACCGCGACUGACCAUGCUCAUUGAGAUUGCCAACGGCUUCUUGUCUACCAUCAUGGACGGACUGGAGGAGGCUCCUUACGGCAUUCGCUGGAUCUGCAAGCAGAUUAGAAGCUUGACGAAGCGCAAAUAUCCCGAUGCUAACGACCAGAUUAUCUGUACUUUGAUCGGUGGCUUUUUCUUCUUGCGCUUCAUCAACCCAGCCAUUGUCACACCCAAGUCGUACAUGCUCAUUGACGGAACGCCCGCCGAACGCCCUCGCCGAACUCUCACUCUGAUUGCCAAGAUGCUCCAAAACUUGGCAAACAAGCCCUCUUAUGCCAAGGAGCCAUACAUGGCCAAGCUCCAGCCCUUUAUCCAACAGAACAAGGACAGGAUCAACAAGUUCAUGCUUGACUUGUGUGAAGUUGGCGACUUUUAUGAAAGUCUGGAAAUGGACAAUUACGUCGCUCUUUCCAAGAAGGACCUUGGACUUGAAAUUACGCUGAACGAAGUCUACGCAAUGCAUUCGCUAAUUGACAAGCACAACACCGAACUGUGCAAAGAUGAGGCAUCGCACCUGGCCAUCAUCGUAUCUGAGCUGGGUCCGGCCCCUCCUCAAGUGCCUCGCAAAGAGAACCGAGUCAUCAACCUUCCCCUGUUUAGCAGAUGGGAGACUGCAAUCGACGACUUGACCGCGGCUCUGGAUAUUACACAGGAGGAAGUGUACUUUAUGGAAGCCAAGUCCAUCUUUGUGCAGAUUAUGCGAACGAUUCCUCAGAGCAGUGCCGUUUCUAAGCGGCCGCUACGGCUUGAGCGUGUUGCGGAUGCUGCUGCCACCAGCCGCAAUGACGCCGUCAUGGUGCGUAAAGGUAUCAGGGCCAUGGAGCUUUUGUCCCAGCUCCAAGAGCUUGGCGUUAUCGACAAAGCCGACCAGUUUGAUCUGUUGAGGGAUGAGGUUGAGCAGGAGCUCCAGCAUCUGGGCUCGUUGAAGGAUGCUGUGAUUGCUGAGACUGAGAAACUCGAGGAAGUCUUCAAGACAAUCCGUGAUCACAACGCUUAUUUAGUCGGUCAACUUGACACAUACAAGAGCUACCUCCACAACGUACGAUCCCAGAGCGAAGGCACUAAGCGAAAGCAGCAAAAGCAGCAGGUUCUCGGACCGUACAAGUUUACUCACCAGCAGCUUGAGAAGGAGGGUGUCAUUCAGAAGAGUAAUGUCCCGGAUAACAGACGGGCCAACAUCUACUUCAACUUCACCAGCCCCCUGCCUGGUACAUUUGUCAUUUCCCUACACUACAAAGGUAAGUUCUUUUUCUCUUUCCAGCUCGAUGAUCUGCUUGAGAUGCAGAAAGAUAACCAAGACGAGCUGGAUCUCGAAUACGUUCAAUUUAACGUCCCCAAAGUCCUUGCACUGCUCAAUAAGAGAUUUGCUCGGAAGAAGGGCUGGUAA